AUGGAAGGAAUUUCAUAUAGUUCUGUAGUGGGAAGUCUUAUGUAUGUGCAAACAUGCACAAGACCGGACAUUAGCUUUGCAGUAGGAAUGCUUGGAAGGUAUCAAAGUAAUCCUGGAAUGGAUCAUUGGAAAGCUGCAAAGAAGGUUUUAAGAUAUCUUCAAGGUACAAAGGAUUAUAUGCUCAUGUACAAAAGAUAUUCUAAAGGUGCCAAGCAUAUGGAAAUAAAGUACUUUGGCAUUAAAGAAGAAGUUCGUAAACAAAGAGUGUCCAUAGAACAUGUUAGAACAGAACUUAUGAUUGCUGAUCCAUUGACUAAAGGAUUGCAACCAAAGACAUUUAAGGAACAUGUACAUAGAAUGGGUCUUGGUUCUUCUGAAUGA